GGCAUUUUGACUUCCGGAAAUUGAUAGUUCUGCUUCCGGUUUACGGCGGGAAGAGUGAACUGGUGUGAAUUCCAGUGUUCGUUUGUGGAAUAAUCAUGGCAGUCUUGUGUGUAGUGUUUGGGGCCGAGUGAGUUUUGUUUAUUCCUGGAGCUGGGUAUAAAAACCGAGAGCCAUUAGCGCGGCUCAGAGUGCUAGCGGUGUAGCGCAUAGAGAAGCGCGCGGACUCCGGCGGGGCUGCAGCACCUGUGGGCCUCAGGAUGGAGGUGACGGAGAUCCGGCUGCCGGCGGGAGCGCGCGCUGUGCGGCUGCGGGAGUGGAAGGUGGAGCCUGGAGCUCUGGUGAAGGUGGACUCCGUGAUCGCGUUGUGUGUGGCGGUGCCCACGGAUACGGAGUGCGGCUCAGAGGACCGAGAGCAGCCGAAGAGGCGAUUACCGGAAAAGAAGGUGAAGUCUGACCGUGCUGGAGUGGUGAGAGAGCUGUGUUAUCAGCUCGGAGAGGUCAUAUCUCCUGGGGAUGUUAUAGCAAGAAUAGAAGAAUGCAGCCACCCCAUAGUGAUGAAGGGUCUGUGUGCUGAGUGUGGUCAGGACUUAACACAGCUGCAGAACAGGAAUGGGAAGCAGCAGACCCCCAUCUCUACAGCCAUGGUUUCCAUGGUGCACAGCGUUCCCGAGCUGAUGGUCAGCUCAGAGCAAGCAGAGCAGCUUGGCCGAGAAGACCAGAAGAGGCUCCACAGAAACAAGAAGCUGGUUCUCAUGGUGGAUCUGGACCAGACUGUAAUCCACACCACAGAGCAGCACUGUCAGAACAUGUCUACCAAACACCGUGUUUCUGUGACGUCGCAGGGAAUUUUCCAUUUCCAGCUGGGGAGAGGGGAACCCAUGCUGCACACACGUCUUAGGCCUUACUGCAAAGAGUUUCUGGAGAAAAUCUCCAAGAUGUACGAGCUGCACGUGUUCACUUUCGGAAGUCGCCUCUAUGCACACACCAUUGCAGGCUUUUUGGAUCCCGAAAAGAAACUUUUCUCACAUAGAAUCCUGUCUAGAGAUGAGUGCAUUGACCCAUUCUCCAAGACAGGAAAUCUGAGAAAUUUGUUCCCAUGUGGCGACUCCAUGGUGUGCAUCAUUGACGACAGAGAGGAUGUGUGGAAGUUUGCCCCUAACCUCAUUACAGUCAAAAAAUAUGUCUACUUCAAGGGAACGGGGGACAUCAACGCCCCACCCGGGUCACGAGAGGCCCAGCUUUCAAAAAAAAGUGCAGGUAGCCAACCUGCAGAGAACACCAACCCCUCCGGACCAUCAUCCGACGAGGGGAAGAAUAACGGCGUCCGGAAACAGGACAAGGAUAAAAAGUCUCUGCUUCACGAAAUGUCAGUCUGUGUUCCUGACAUUCAAGGAGCAUCAGCUAGCCAGAGAACUGAUCCUGAUGGAAAGAGGACAGAAAAGUCACACUUGAGUAAUAAAUCUGAUAUUAAAGUAGAAGAGCUGGGUGGCUCGGAUAGGAUGAGGGAGUCCGGUGAAACUGUAGACCAAGAGAACGUAACAGUAGCUGAUAGCGAUGACUCGGCUAAACCGGGAUUACCACAUAAUAACAGUGCCCGGCUCUCAGAAACCAUAAAGCUGAAACAAACGAGCUUAGAUGAGGAGAAUUGCGGUGCAGAGGAGAACGGAGAUGGAGGAUUGGACACAGACAGUGUCUGUGAUAUGGACGAAGAGAGUUUUGGUGAUAAUGGAUGUUCUGACAAGAAGGAAACCGAGACAGAGUCUCAGAACAGUGAGCAGUCAGGUGUCACCAUGGGAGAGGAAUCUUUAGACCACAGCAUGGUGGAUGAAGAAGAGGAGGAGGAAGAAGACGACACGGACCAGGACGAUCACUUGAUUUACCUACAAGAGAUCUUGAUCCGUAUUCACAACGAGUAUUACUCGCGCUACGAGGCGCACCUCCGAGGGGACUGCUCUGACAUGCCCGACAUUCGGAAGAUCGUCCCUGAGCUGAAGAGCAGUUCGUUGGCAGGCACCAACAUCGUGUUCAGUGGCUUGUACCCCACAAACUACCCCAUGGAGCGAACGCGAGAGAGCUACCAUGCAAAAGCGCUCGGCGCCAAGAUUAGCAAGAACCUCGUGCUCGACGCCAAAGAUCCCAACUUCACCACCCACUUAGUUGCUGCACGGGUGGGUACGGAGAAGGUCCGGCAGGCUCAGGUCUGUGAGCAGCUGCAUGUAGUGAAUCCGGAUUGGCUUUGGGGAUGUUUGGAGCGAUGGGAUAGAGUGGAUGAGCAGCUGUUCCCUCUUAAAGAAGACUACACAAAAUCACAGAGAAGUAAUAGCCCAUCACCAUUUCCUGAUGUUCAAGAGUCCUUCCCAGCGCCUGUUAUUGACCCUGUUUCCAUCCAGCCCAAAGGCCCGCUGGCUCCAGAGGUGCACACGUAUGAUUCUGUAACUGGGAAGUUGAUCCGAAGAGGCCCUCAAGUGCCCCGUCACCCCCAAAAAUCAUCUGUGACGCUGCCUGGACAUGAAGUGCACUUUAGGGAUUCGAGAUUUCUGCAGCAGGAAGACGGUGACCGCUCAAGACCAGAUGAUAAUCAGCCCGCACCGUCACGCAGGAAACGACAGCAGAGCCUGUCUGAAACCAUGCCUCUCUACACGCUCUGCAAGGAGGACCUGGAUAGUAUGGACAGAGAGGUGGAUGAUAUUCUUGGAGAAGAAAGUGAUAACGAUAGUGAGGGAAAAGAGAAGGAGGAGAGAGUGGAGGAAGAGGAAGAUGAGGAGAGCAGCAGGCAAAGUUACCAGCAGGCCCUGGGUACGGCUGUCAAAGACACGACAUCAGCAUCCAAAGAAGACAGCAGUCGGACUGGGAGUGUACCGAGGCAUGAAAAGUUUAAACUCUCCAGCAGUUCAUCUCAAGACCAAAAAGAGUAUAAGACAUCAGAGAGAUAAUAUUACCAACAGCGAUGACUAUAAUUCAUGAACAAAUGAACACUACCAAUGUCGGAAGACACAUGCUUCACGCAAGGUACAUCAUCUUUUUGAACUGCUGCUCAUGCGUAACGCUCGGUGAAUAGCGCUUUCAACCCUCUUCCGCUUACACAAGCUCACAGGCCAGUGUCCCUGUGAUUGACAGGGGAGAGAGAUUAUGCUCCUCCCACACAGAGUUGAAACCAGAGACUGGUUUUAAAAAAAUAAGCAAAGACACUCUAUACACCAUCUUAUACCUUUUUAUGGAUUUGAUCCAUAAAUAGUACAUGUAGUGUUUGUUACACUUACAUCCAUCUGAUAUUCUUUGCCAGGCUUUAUCUAAAUAUCAUCUGACUCAAAGGAUUGGACAAAAUUGGUAGAAAUGCAUUAGAUGGCUAACUUCCUGUUGGCCGACUUUAUGAUUACUAUGACUUUUUCAUAAGGUAUGGCGAAAGGAAUCAUGACUACAAUGGUUUCAGUGAAAUCUGUAUUUUAAUGUUGAUGUGAAAACCAGGAAGUGCAGUGAAAAACACAGAAGGGACUGAAAAGGAAAAUUAGGCUGUAAGUUGUAGCUAUUAGAAAAAAAUUCUUUAUCAUGGUUUAUUAUAAUACAAUUAUUGUUGUUGGCUAAUCGUCAGCAUGUAAUAUUUUGUUGUUGUUCCUCUCCUUCUUGAUAUUAGGCGAACAUUUAUCAACUCAGCAGAGUCUGUCAUCACUGACGCCUGUCUUUCACCAGAACAAUACCGAUUUUUAUUGUAUGAUGCGUUCCAGAUUUUAUUUUCAUCCAUGUAGCCAAAGCUAGGCCUGCUACUGAAAGCCGAAUGUGAGCUGUCCUGGACUAGGAUAGAUACAGAUAUUACAGAUUUAUCGGGAUAGAAACCUAAUAACAAUCAUAGUUAUGGAGUGAAAUUCUGACAGGUUCUUCAUUUGCAAACACACUAUAUGGCCAAAAGUAUGUGCACCCCCUGUCCUUCACACCCAUAUGUGCUUGUUGAACAUCCAAUUCCAGAUUUAUUCCCCUCUUUGCUGUUAUAAUAAGCUCCACUCUUUCUUCAGGGAAGGCUUUCCACUAGAAGUUGGAGCGUGGCUGUGGGGAUUUGUGUUCAUUCAGCUACAAGAGCAUUAGUGAGGUUGAGGUCAUGCGCUGAUGUUUGUUGAAGAGGCUCCAGUUCCAGUUCAUCCCAAAGGUGUUCAGUGGGGUUGAGGUCAGGACUCUCGAGUUCUUCCACCUUCUUCCAACCUUAACACACCAAGUCUUCAUGGAGCUCGCUUUGUGCACUUUGGGUCAUGCUGGAACAGGUUUGGACCUCUUAGUUCCAGUGAAGGGAAACUGUAAUGCUUUAGUGCUUUAGACUUUGUGGUAACAGUUUGGAGAAGAGCCACAUAUGGGCGUGAUGGACAGGGGUGCACAGGGGUACUUUCAGCCUUGUAGUGCAUGCGUCUUCAUUUGUAUCUGUGUGAAUUGAUUCAAACCACUGUAUAUUGUUGUCACAAUACAUCUGUUCUCUUUCUGAAGAAUAAAGUCCUGUAGAGCAUUUAAACAGUUAAGCAGACACUCUGUGGAAAACUUACACCUUUAACCAGU